UUUGACGGGAUCACAAUGUUAAGAUUGAGUCUCCUGCUUCUUCUCCUCUCCCACCCGGCCCGCUGCAUGUUACUGGGAUGGGUGGAGUCUCCAGGGUAUCCCAUUGGAUACCAGCCCCACGCCAGUAUGAACUGGAGCAGGUGUGCCAGCGAAGGUUACACCCUCUCCAUCAGGAUCGUCCACCUGGACCUGGAGGACAGCCAGGACUGUGAAAACGAUGCCCUGAAGAUCUUUGCAAAUGGAAACCUGAUUUCUGUUCUGUGUGGCCAAAGGGACUUUAAGGAGCUCCAAUCCGUGGUAAAUCCCUCGCUCGUCUCCUACCCGGGCGGCUGUCUCACUCUCUCUUUCCACUCGGACUACUCAAACAUCAAGAGGCACAGAGGCUUCAAAGGCUUUUACAGUGUGCAAGACUUUGACGAAUGUGAGGAAGACUCAGAACUUGAAUGCAGCCAGUACUGCCACAACAUCAUCGGAGGGUACAGGUGCUCCUGUCGCCAUGGUUACCACCUGGGCACGGACAACCACACUUGCACUGUGAGUUGUGGCAAGGAUCUGUCAGGGUUGACCAAAGGGGACAUAUCCAGUCCCUCCUGGCCGGGCGUGUAUGCGGAGAACGCCGACUGUCGGUACACCCUGUCUGUGGAGGCCCACCUGCAGCUGGAGCUGCACUUCUCUGGGGUGUUUGAUGUGGAGCAGAGCCCUGAUGGUCAAUGCAUAGACGCACUGAGGAUUGAGACUCCCUCUGGGAUUAUGGGUCCGUUCUGCGGGCACACGCCUCCCCCGUCUCCCCUCCUUACUCACUCACAUCGUGUUAACAUCAGCUUCACCUCCGACGGCUUCGGCAUCAACAAAGGCUUCACCUUGCACUUCAAGACCAGAGGAAAGGUCUGUCAACCAGGGGCCACCUCCCACUCCACUGUGACUCCUCAUCAACCAGAGUAUCAACCGGGUCAGACAGUGACAGUAGCCUGUGAACUUGGCUAUAUUGUGAAUACUCGAGGCCUCCUGACGCUGUCAUCGCAGUAUGAGACCACGUGCCAGAGUACAGGCACCUGGUUCCCUAGUUACCCCUGUGAACCUGUGAAUUGCGGUCAUCCUGACUUCCCAGAAGAUGGCAUCCUUCAGUUGACGGACUCAGAACACUCACACACUCGGUAUAAAGGCCAGAUCCAGCUGAGGUGCAGUUCAAAGUACUACACACUGGAAGGACACGACAAAUUCACUUGCAAUGCCGGUGGUAAAUGGGAAUCAAGCAGUGGAACGUCACAGAUGCCGAAAUGCACUCCAGUGUGUGGGUUGCAUGAAAGAGCCCAUGUGAGUGCAGGCAGGAUUUUGGGAGGUCGCACUGCAAACCUGGGCCAAAUACCUUGGCAACUUCUCAUUAAAGAAACAUCUAGAGGAGGAGCAACACUGAUCAAUGACCGAUGGGCGGUCACAGCGGCUCAUGUCGUGGAGACGUUGCAGGAUACCUCUUUGAGACUGUAUGGUGGAUUGGUAGAUGGAAGGAAAACGUCAGAUGCAUCGUCUGGUGUGGUGGUCAUGGAUAGCGAGAGGAUCAUCAUUCAUCCUAGCUACACCAGAGUUGUUUCUCCUGAUCAACGCAGUAAUUAUGACAAUGAUAUUGCUCUGAUCAGAUUUACCUCCAGGGUGAAUUUUGGCCCAAACCUCCUUCCCAUAUGUCUGCCGGAAGUGAACAGGGGCUUGCAGGAAAAUGAGCAAGGCACAGUUUCAGGCUGGGGGUUGACAGAAAGGAGGGGAAGCCUUGUGACGGCUCGUAUGCUGCAAUACGCUGAAAUCGGUGUCUACUCCCUCAGCCGGUGUCAGGAUACACCUCGCAUGCAAGAUGGCAGUCCCAUGAUUUUCACUGGGAACAUGUUCUGUGCUGGAGCAUCAGGGAAGGACAGCUGCCAGAAAGACAGCGGGAGUCCGUUUGUAAUACCAACGUUGUCUGCAGGAGCAGGGCCGUAUCAUCUGGCUGGUAUCGUGUCCUGGGGUCCCCCCUGUGAGGACAAGCAAUUCAAGGGUUAUUAUACCAAAGUAAAGAACUAUGUCGACUGGAUCAGGAAGACAAUAGAUGACGUGGAGAAUUCUAAGAAAGGGUGCUUUCUGUUUGUAUCGGCGUGUGGGUGCUGGCCACUGCCCGACCCUGAGCCCCUGAUGCACGGUGAGCUCCAGUCUCCCCAGUAUCCGCAGCCCUACCCUCCCAACCUGCAGGAGCAGUGGGACCUCAUUGUGCCCGAAGGCUACCGGAUCCGAAUUACCUUCACACACAUGGACAUUGAAGCUUCUCCAGGCUGCUACUACGACUCCCUCACAGUUCUCUAUGAUGGGAAAGUGAUGGGAAAGUUUUGUGGCUCUGAGAACUCAGCUGAUGGGCACCAUCCCGGCAACCAACCCAUCUUGUCUCCAGGCAACAGACUCACCGUCAUCUUCCAGACAGAUAACAACAACCCAGAGCGCCACCAGAACGUGGGCUUCUCUGCUCAUUACCAGGCGUUAGACAUAGACGAGUGUUCUGCCCCUGGAGAUGCCUCAGGUCCAUUCUGCUCUCAGAUCUGCCUAAACACACUCGGGUCUUACAUCUGCUCCUGUCACCAUGGCUACGAACUUCGCUCAGACCAGCGCAGUUGCGUGUUGUCCUGUGCUGGUGGUAUUUUUGAUGAGCCAGAGGGAUCUCUUCACAGUCCAGGAUAUCCCAACUCCCCACCUCACGCCGUGUCCUGUCAGUACAUCAUUUCUGUCGAACUUGGCUUCACUGUGUCGCUCAACUUCUCUGACAACUUCCACAUCGAGAGUGUUGACACGCAGCAAGGCCUGAGCUGUCUCAAUCACUGGUUGCAGGUGACCAUUCCAAACAGAGAUCCCAUAAAGCUGUGUGGUGCAAAGAGUCCAGGUCCUAUGGUCACAAACUCCAACACUGUCCAGCUGGACUACCACACUGACGACGAAGGCCUGAGCAAUGGCUGGAGCCUGGACUACACCACACACAGGGUGCAGUGUCCAUUUCCUGGUAACGUGGCCGAAGGCAGAGUCACGCCAAUCUUGAAAGAAUAUCUCUACAGAGACUAUAUCUUUGUGCGCUGUGCCCAAGGAUACAAGCUGAUGAUGGAGGGUCAGGAGAUGGCGAGCUUCUCUACCAUGUGCCAAAGCAAUGGACAGUGGCACCUUCCUCUGCCAGAAUGCCACAUAUUUGAUUGUGGAGAACCUGAACCUCUGCUGAAUGGCGGAGUGACCUUCCUCUCUGGCUUCCAGAACCAGUACCGUUCUGUUGUUCAGUACCACUGUAAUGAACCGUUUUACUCGAUCCUUGGGGCCGUGAAUGUUAGUUUUACCUGUGAAUCAGACAGAAAGUGGAGAUCCAACAAUGAUGUUGUUGUCAGACCAACAUGCAUACCAGUUUGUGGAAAGCCAACACAAAACAUCAUUGAGCAUCAAAGGAUCGUUGGAGGCAACACUGCUCCAAAAGAUACCAUCCCCUGGCAAGUGCUACUGAGUAUAGACGGAGGAAGAGGAGGAGGCAUGGUGAUCGCAGACCGCUGGAUUAUGACUGCAGCUCAUGUUGUAGUAAAAGAUGGGAUCCCUGCAUUAAACGACACUAUUCGGGUUUUUAUGGGACUUACUGAUGCUCAGACCAUUGUGGAUUCUCCUGUUCAUGCUGCCUCAGUCCACAUUCACCCUGAUUACAACAACCCUCAAAACGUAGACUACAACAACGACAUUGCCUUACUCAAACUGCAAGACCCGAUCACAUUCGACUCAUCAGUAAUGCCCAUAUGUUUGCCAGCGCAGGAUGCCACAUAUGUCACUGGCAUGAUGGGACUGGUGUCAGGUUUUGGCGUUACAGUAACCGACAAUAAACGUUUUUUAAAUAAUAAGCUGAAGUACGUGCAAGUGCCUUUGGUGGACCAGGGGGAAUGCACUAAAUCAAUUACGUUGUAUAGGCAGAAAAGCAUCAACGUACCAAGCCUGACAAACAACAUGGUUUGUGCUGGAGUCCCUGAAGGAGGGAAGGACUCCUGCCAAGGUGACAGUGGAGGCCCAUACGCCCUGCCGGACAAUGGACGGUUUUGGGCUGCAGGGAUUGUUAGCUGGGGGGCUGGCUGUGGAGUGAAGGGAUCAUAUGGAGUCUACACCAGAGUCUCUAACUACCUGGACUGGAUCACGAAGACCAUGCAGGAGAACACUCGCAAACUGUAUCUACUUCCUCCAGACAUGGGUUGGAUAAACUCUGUCAUUUGGUUUUUGUUUGUGUCUGUGUCGGUGUGUGAGUGCUGUUCGCUGGGCUUCACUGAUUGUUCAAUGCAUGGAGAGAUCCGGUCCACUCUGUAUCCCAUGCCCUACCCAGCCGGCCUGAAGAGAGAGUGGAACAUUUUGGAACGGGACGGAUACCAGAUCCAGCUGUCCAUAACACACCUGGACAUCAAACCUUCCGCUGGCUGCUCUCAGGACUCUCUUACAGUCGUCUAUGAUCAAAAGAUCCUGGGGAGGUUUUGCGGCCAGGAAAAUUCUACUAAUCACCCAGGCAAAGAGCCGAUCCGUUCUCCUGGCAUGACUCUCAUAUUCCAGUCAAGUAACUCCAACUCAGAAGUCCAACAGCAUAUCGGCUUCUCUGCUACCUAUAGUUUAACAGUGAUUGACUGUGGAGAACCUGAGCCUCUGCUGAACGGAGGGAUGACAUACAUGUCUGAAUUUCAGAACAAGUACCGCUCCAUUUUUCAGUACCACUGUAAUGAACCAUAUUAUUCCCUCCCUGAAGAUGCAAACGUUUUAUUCACUUGCGGAGCCGAUGGAAAAUGGACAUCCAGCAACGGCAGUGUUGUCACUCCUACAUGCAUACCAGUUUGUGGCAAGCCAACAGAACACCUCUCUGUGUAUCAGAGGAUCAUGGGAGGCAACGAGGCUCCAGAAUAUACCAUCCCCUGGCAAGUGCAACUUAAGGGAAAUUACAUAGGUGGAGGAGGCAUGGUGAUCGCAGACCGCUGGAUUAUGACCGCAGCUCAUCUUGCAACGCAAGCUAUCCAACCAGUAUCAAACAACACUGUGCAGGUUUAUCUGGGACAAACUGAUGUUCAGAGAUUGAUGGUUUCUCCGGUCUAUGCUGCCUCGGUCCACAUUCACCCUGAUUACAACAACCCUGUGGACUACAACAACGACAUUGCCUUAAUCAAACUGCAAGUCCCGAUCACAUUCAACUCAUCUGUAAUGCCCAUAUGUUUACCAGCGCAGAAUGCCACAUAUGUCACUGGAAUGAUGGGACUGGUGUCAGGCUUUGGCUAUACAAAGGAAAUGGGGAUUUCAACAAAACAGUUGAAUUACGUUCACCUCCCUGUGGUGGACCAGGGGACAUGCAGGGAUUCAUUUACUACGUCUCAGCAGAAACGGGGUGGAGGACAAAUCCUGACAGACAAUAUGGUUUGUGCUGGACUUCCUGAAGGAGGGAAGGACUCCUGUAGGGGUGAUGCUGGAAACGCCUAUGCCCUGAAGGACAAAGGACUGUUUUGGGCUGCAGGGAUUGUCAGCUGGGGGACUGGCUGUGGACGGCGGGGGGCAUAUGGAGUCUACACCAGAGUCGCUAACUACCUGGAUUGGAUCACAAAGACCAUGCAGGAGAACUGAGAGUUACAAUCUUUAAUCAUUAAGUUCUGCCAAAUAACAACAAACAAGAAAGAAUGUCUUGACCCAUGUCUUCCAAUAAAAUGAAGUAAAGUUGCAGAUGGACUAAAGUAAUAA